AUGGCGGUCACUAUCGAGGAGCUGUAUCGUAACUAUGGGAUCCUUGCUGACGCUAAGGACAACCUCAGCCAGCAUAAGGAUGCCUACCAGGUUAUUCUGGAUGGCGUCAAAGGUGGCCCAAAGGAGAAGCGUCUCGCUGCACAGUUCAUCCCAAAGUUUUUUAGCAGCUUUCCCGAACUUGCCGAUGCUGCCAUCAAUGCCCAGCUUGACCUCUGUGAAGAUGAAGAUGUGUCGAUAAGGCGACAGGCAAUCAAAGAGCUUCCACGUUUUGCGACCGGGGAGAACAUCCUCCGGGUCGCAGACAUACUCACCCAACUCCUCCAGACAGAGGACACUGCAGAGUUCAACCAAGUGAAUACGGCCCUUGUAUCGAUUUUCAAGAGUGAUGCCAAGGGUACACUCGGAGGGCUCUUCUCCCAGAUCCUGCAGGGGGAGGACGUGGUUCGGGAGCGAGCCAUCAAGUUCCUGUCUCUGAAAAUCAAGACCCUGCCCGAGGACGUCAUGACCAAGGAGGUGGAGGACUUCGUCUUUGCAGAGACUAAAAAGGUGUUGGAGGACGUGACGGGAGAGGAGUUUGUGCUGCUGAUGCGCGUGGUGUCGGGUCUGCGCAUACUGCAGACCGUGAGUGGCCGGCAACAACUGGUGGAGCUGGUGGUGGAACAGGCCUUCCUGGAGCAGGCGCUCAACCCUGCCGACCCGGACACGGUGGACCGUCUCCUGCAGUGUACACGCCAGGCCCUGCCUCUCUUCUCGAAAAAUGUCCACUCAACGCGGUUUGUGACCUACUUCUGUGAACAUGUCCUGCCCAACCUCAGCAAAUUGACCACCCCGGUUGCUGACCUGGAUAUUCAGCUAGAGGUUCUGAAGCUGCUGGCUGAGAUGAGCCCGUAUUGUGGCGAUAUGGAGAAGUUGGAGUCCAACCUCAACAUGUUGUUCACCAAGCUGGUGGAGUAUAUGCCCCUGCCCCCAGACGAGGCAGAGAAUGGGGAGAAUGCGGUCAGUGAAGAACCCAAGUUGCAGUUCAGCUACGUGGAGUGUCUCCUGUUUGGCUUCCAUCAGCUGGGCAAAAAGCUGCCUGACUUCCUGCUGGACAAGGUGGAGGCCGAGCAGCUCAAAGACUUCAAGAUCAGGUUACAGUACUUUGCCAGAGGCCUGCAGGUUUACAUCAGACAGCUACGGGUGGCGCUACAAGGAAAGACGGGAGACUCAUUGAAAACUGACGAGAAUAAGAUCAAAGUGGUGGCUCUCAAGAUUACCAACAACAUCAAUGUACUGAUCAAGGAUCUGUUCCACAAUCCACCAUCAUACAAGAGCACAGUCACAUUGAGCUGGAAGCCGGUGCAGAAAAUGGAGGCAGCAGCAGCAGCACCCAAGCGACCGUCUGGUGAGGAGAUCAGCCCAGUCAGCACUAUCAAGAAGCAGCUCCCUGUGCUGCCCCGGCGGGACGCCCGGCAGAUCUACAACCCUCCCAGUGGCAAAUACAGCGCCACCAUCGGCACCUAUGCUCCAGAGACGCGUGGAGGCUUCAGAGGUGGCCGGGGACGAGGGUUUGGAACCCGUGGCAACAGAAGCCGAGGCAGGAUCUACUAAAGGGGGACCCUGACACCUUGCACACGCAAACACACACUGAUUGAACUGCAGAGUGUGGAAGGGAACUGCUGUCAUCCUUUUUUAACCAGUCUCUUCACCUGUUCUUUCUGCCUCUUCUGAUUUUUUUUUUGAUUUUUUUUUUCACGUUCUAAAUCUCACUCACAGUAAACUGGCUAGGAUUCUUGUACAAACCUGUUGCUUCAACUUAACAUGCCACCCUCAUGUUCACCAUCCCUGUGGUUUACCAUCCCCAUGGUAGUUCGAUGUGGGUUUCAUUGAACAAAGGACUGCCACGUUUUAUCUGGAUUUUAAUUGUUUCCUUUUUAGAAAAAAAAGAUGCAAACUGUCACUUAUUUAAUCCUUGUUUUUGUAAGAAUUUCACUUAGAUUGGCUAGAUGUUGGUACUUUGUAUGAAUCCUUUUUUUUGUGAUUACUUUUUUAUGUCUAUCAUCAUAAACUUGUAUCGAAGUCUCAAGUGGUCUUUUUUUGUGUAUCAGUUAAUGGUUUGGCUAAUCCGCUUAGUCCAAAGCAAAUGUCUGCUACUGAAACGUCUGAUUUAUGCACCGUAUCUUAAACAUGUAAAGUUAAUAAAAAAUGAUGUGGCCACCAGCCUGUUCCUAACCAGCAAAUGUAGCAAUUGUGAUGCAUGGAACUACUAAAGCACUUGGUUUGAAUUGGGUUUGUUACAAUUAUGGCUUAUUGAUAUGGUAGGCAAACCAUUACCAUGGUGGAUAAACAGGACACUUUGUGUUGUUGUGGUAGUAAAUAUUGUAAUGACUCUUGAAGGAAUGGCCUCUUGGCAAUGUCAGUUCUGUUAAUGUGUUGGUUAGGCUUGGGAGAUGUUUCUGAAUAUCAAAGGGUUAACUUUGUCAAGUAUUUAUUGGUUGCAUCCUUGCUGGGAACCAGAUGUAUUAAUUUCCUACAAUUUCUAUCCCCCAAUGAAGGUGUGCUAGUGUUUGCAUGUUUUUUAAUUCAAUGACUAGUGUUAAAACAAUUUUGGAUUAAAGGCAGUUACUGGGUAGACAA